GGCGUCGGUGAGAUAUUUUGCUUUAGCCAAAGGAAGCAAAGGAAACAUCUUUUGACAAAUUCCUGGUCACGAAAGAUGGAGAUCACAUCAUAUUACACUAAACUUCUGGGAGAACUAAAUGAACAGCGGAAGCAGGACUUCUUCUGUGACUGCAGCAUUAUUGUGGAAGGGAGAAUUUUCAAAGCUCACCGGAAUAUUCUGUUUGCUAACAGUGGGUACUUCAGAGCCUUGUUGAUUCACUACAUCCAUGAUAGUGGACGUCCUAGCACUGCCUCCCUGGACAUUGUUACAUCUGAGGCCUUUUCCAUAAUACUGGACUUUCUCUAUUCUGGAAAGCUGAAUCUUUGCAGUAAGAAUGUCAUUGAAGUGAUGUCAGCUGCUAGUUACCUGCAGAUGACUGAUGUAGUCAGCUUUUGCAAACUGUAUAUCAGAUCUUCUCUUGAUAUCUGUGUGAAAGAUGAGAAAGAUGAUAACUGUAAUCAUGUGGAGAAUGGGAGUAAUAUAGUAGCCUUUGGAGAUGCUGUGUCUUUUUGUAGAAAUCAAUGUCCAAACCCUGUUUCAUCAGUUCAACAGCAGGAAUCAAGCCCUGACAAUAAUCAAAGCAUAACAUGGAAUGAGUGCAAUUCUUAUCAUCCCAUAGAUCUUGUACAGAAAGAUCAGGACAACCUUUCUCCAGAGAAACUUCAUCCUCCAUCACUACCCAAACUUCCAGAACCUAAAGUUGAGUUUGACGAGGACGAAGUGGAAUCAGUUGACCGUUUCCGACAGUUUACACCAUCUGCCACAGAUCAGGCUGAGGAAAGGCUGCAGACUGCCCCAGCUAUGGAAAUAGCCUACGAAAAUUAUCAGAUGAAGCAAUUCUUAGAGGUUUUAUUGAGGACAGGGAAUGUCCAGCGGAAGGAGGAUCUAAUACAGCACUUUUCCCGAGGGGCGCGUCCAGAGGAUGGAGGGGGCUCCUUUUCCAAUAUGAUGGAUGUGCAGAGUGAUUGGUAUGGGGAGGAUGCAGGGAAUGGAAUAAUUGUGCGAAAAAAGAUCUAUAAGUGCCCGUUCUGCACUUACACAGCUAAGCAGAAAGGAAUCCUAAAACGACACAUGCGCUCACACACUGGAGAGCGCCCAUACCCAUGUGAGACCUGUGGAAAAAGGUUCACCAGACUUGAGCAUCUCCGAAGUCAUGCUUUAAGUGUACAUCGCUCAAACAGACCAAUUGUCUGCAAAGGGUGCAGGAGAACAUUUACCAGCAACUUACAGCAUGGUGCAAGACGGUUUGGCCUCUGUGACAGCUGCACAUGUGUGAUGACUACCAAUGAGGAGACGUCACCAGUCAAUCUAAGUCAGACUGAGCAAGUUUUGGAGAACCAGGAGAAGGAGGACAAAGAUGCCAGUUGGCCUGUGUACAUAGAAUCCAGUGAGGAGAAUGAAUCUGCUGGAGACAAUAUGGAUGACAAGCAGCAGAUUCAGAGAAACUUGACAGAUGGUGAAGGAUUUAUUUAGGGCCACCGGAAAUGACUUCCUUUCCAGGUGGAUUGUAAAUACUCUCUUCAUCAUGUUGAACAGGUGCAGUUAUGUACCACUGUAUAUAGUUGACAACUCCAAGGCCAAAGAAACUCCAGCCACUACAGAAUUCUCAAGAUCAGAGCAAUUUAAAAGAACCCCUAUCCAAGGAGUUCGUUAUAAGGUCAGUAAACUGGAGAGGAGACUGCUACACAAUGCGUGUCAAUCUGAAUGGAGGAAGCUGAGAAACCUCUUUCUGUGACAGCUUGAAUGGACGGAGCCAAAUAUCUGCUGGUAAAACCAAAGUGAAAUCUUCUGCAUUGGCAGAAAAUUUAAAGCCAAUUCCUUUUCAGCAUUUGCUGAGUAUUUAUCUUUGUGCGAAAUGUUUUUCUUCCCAUACAAUAUUCUAUACAAAUACAACAGAGGUGGAAUAAUUCCACUGUAAGCAAAUUGUUCUGGGAAUGAAAAUGCCAGUGGUUGACUGGGCUGGUCCACUGGAAAAUCACUUAAAAUUUCAAGAUCAAACAGCUUGAAAUACAGUGCUUUGAAUAACUUUGUACAUAAAGUUGUUUUUUUAAAAAAUAGCACUAAAAUACGGUGGUCUUGGUGUAAUGAAGUAUUCACUGUUGGUUAAUAUGUGGAUGUUUUAUAACUUGUACAUAGUGGAUAUUGUCUUGGUGUUCCUACAGUUGGGUAAAAUCUGUUCUCUUAGAAUUAAUCUUCGGGGUUCAGCCAGACCCACUGGAUUUCCCCAGCCCCUGUGGGAUACAGAACAUUAUUUAACCAGGAUAUGGCACAGGUGGAUGGAGGUAGGGUAGAUUCCAAUCAACUGAGGAAGGCUUUCUGGCACUUGUCUAUAUAUUUAUAAUAAUUGUAUCCAUUCUCAUUUUUGUCUCCUUUUUUAAUGUAAGUUGUUAAAUUUAUUCCCAUUCCUGGCAGCCUACAGGUUUGGCUAAACGGACAUGGAAACUGAACAGCUGGAAUGAUAAAGAUUUUGAUGAACCCUAUUCUUCACUUUUGGAAGGUGAAAUUCAAGGGCUAGAAAAUAGUAUUUAAAAAGAACUUGUUCUACAGGAAACAAAACUGAAAAUUGUCUGCUAUAAAUGUGUACAUGUUCUGAUGGCUACAUCAGAACUCCUUUAAACUGCAAUAAUUUUUUAAAAUUUAAAUUUGACCUGCCUAAAAGGGUCAAGUAGCAGAAUGGACUGCUCAUCUAUAAAGCAAUCAUGAACUCAGUCUAAUAGGUUACAUUGCCGUUUACUGGCCCCAACUCAACUGUCAUUGUUUUGUGUUGGCUGCAUUGUGUUGGAAAGUGUCCCUUUGUGUCUGGUUGACACAUUGUUCCUUUGUCUGAUCUUUUCUGUUGAUUUGGGCACUAUAUUUUAAUGUUUUAUCUUAAUAAUUACUGAGUGGAUGUGAUUUUAAUGUACAUGUGCAUGUUGUAAAGUUUGUUCUCAAUUUCACUGAGGCUAACAUUGUCCUCUUUGACUGGGAACAGAGAAUCCUUUUAUAACUUAAAACAGAAGGCCAGAAAUCAUACAGCCAGUUAUCUCAAAAUUAUGAAAACAAUUGAUUAAUAUCCCAUAUUGAUUCCUCUUUCCUCUACCCCAUGAUAAAUGAUUAUAAGUAUAUUCUUGUCUUUAUUAGAUCCCUGCAUUGUUUAUUUAUGACAAAUAAGAUUAAACCAGCUCCCACAUUUUAACCAGUUACAUUUUGAUAAAUGAGUAAUGUUUCUGAGAAAACCUUCCUUUAAAAUUUUCUUUUCUAUUUGCAACCAUAUUUCACUUAUAAAAACAAUUUGUUGGACUAAUCAGUGUCACUGACCCCUUUCUAGUCCCUUCAUAGGAGUUGAAAUUAAAAAGAGAUCGGAUGGUGAAGUAAGUUUAAAACGUUGAUCUUUUCAUUUUUUUUUAAAUUUAGAGACCUGGAUAUUAACUUCAGCUAAGAAUAGUGGUAUAUAUCUGUUCUAUCUGCACCCUACUCUAGUUACCUAAAGUAUAAAUUAUUCAUAAUUUAUUGGCAAUCUUAUUUCGGUCAAGGAUGUGGGCAUUGGAGGCGAAGUUACACUAUUGCAGAAGAUACCGACAACAGUUGAGAUUAAAAGUUAUCUGUUGGAAUACAGAUUAAGUUACCUAUGUAACUGUUAGGUGGAGCCAAGGAGUCAAAGCUAAAAUAUGUGAAAUGAGAAGGGAUACCUAGUGUACCGCAGUGCUGUAUCAAGUGAUUAUUACCAGUACUGGAGGCAGAUUAGCAACAGUUAAUUCCUAGCUAAAGGGACCAAUGGUAGACAGAAAUUAGAUCUCUUGGUGCAAAAUAAAGAUGAUACACCAGUAACUGACCCAUUAUCGUAGCUGGAGUGUUGGAUGCCACUGCAAAGUAGCCAAAGUAAGAAGGCAUUAAUUUUCAAUGCCUCAAGAUACCAUACAAUCUCAAACUCGUGCAGAAAAAAAUCUUAAAUGUUUCCAAUCAAAAAUUGUGACUUCUUGUUUAAUAAUUACAGAUUGUUAAGUCUUUCUUUGCAGGACCAUUUUGCUGAAGCAUUAUAUUUGGCAUCACAAAGUUAUGAACAUAAGUGCAGCUGUUGGACUGUUUGGCAGUCAGCUAGCAGGAACGGGAGGAUUAGUUGGGGUGAAGCAGCAACACAGCUGAAAAAUGCCCUUUUUGUUCUCUGUUGCAACUAUUGUAAUCCAUUUAAAUUGAAUUUAAUACAUUUGAUUUAUGAGCACGAUAAUGUUUAUCUCAAGAUGUGGGUGGUAGUCUAUUGCAAAUGAAUAACCCCUCGCUUUAUCCGCACAAGGUGCUAAGAAUAAGGCAAAAUUGAACUGCACUGUUGGAACAUGGCAUUUUAAUUAUUGUUACAGUAUUGUGUCAGAGCAUAAGCCCUGGUUCUCCAAUUAAGGCACUUUCCAUCCUUUUGGAGAACACCACAAUAUUCAGAGAUGUUAACUGGUUAAUGUGCUGUUUGAUGAAUGUUUGUUUAAUUUUUAAGAUGUAACUUAGAAAUCUCUCCGAAGAGCAGGUUCUGUCUCAAAAAUAAUGUAAUUACAAAAAUGCAUGAAUUAGAAUCUUGUUCAACUUUUUAGAAGUUCUAUAUGCUGAAUUAAUGUUAA